AUGUUUGAAUCACCCGAACCUCAUGAUUGUUUAAGGUUACAUGUCUUCAAAGGGGCAGAGUGGAGAGAUAUUGGUCUCUUCCUCAUGCAUCACUCAUCAAUUGCAGAAAAACGGUUUGAGUUGACAUCCACAUCAAAUAAUGCAAAUCGAGAAGGCCAGUAG